AGCAGUAGCAGCAGCGGCGGCUGGUCUCCGGCAGGAUGAGCGGCUUCAGCAGCGAGGAGUGCGCGGAGCCCUUCACCCUCGAGUACCGAGUCUUCCUCAAAAAUGAAAAAGGACAAUAUAUCUCUCCAUUUCAUGAUAUUCCAAUUUAUGCAGAUAAGGAAGUGUUUCACAUGGUUGUUGAAGUACCACGCUGGUCGAAUGCAAAAAUGGAGAUUGCUACAAAGAACCCUUUAAACCCAAUUAAACAAGAUGUGAAGAAAGGAAAACUCCGUUACGUUGCAAAUCUGUUCCCUUAUAAAGAAUAUAUCUGGAACUACAGUGCCAUCCCUCAGACUUGGGAAGACCAAGGACACAAUGACAAACACACUGGCUGUUGUGGUGACAAUGACCCAACUAAUGUGUGUGAAAUUGGAAGCAAGGUGUGUGCAGGAGGGGAAAUUAUCAGAGUGAAAGUUCUGGGCAUUCUGGCGAUGACUGACAAAGGGGAAACCGACUGGAAAGUCAUUGCUAUUAAUGUGGAAGAUCCUGAUGCAGCCAAUUAUAAUGAUAUUAAUGAUGUCAAGCGGCUGAAACCUGGCUACCUGGAAGCUACUGUGGAUUGGUUUAGGAGGUACAAGGUUCCAGAUGGAAAACCUGAGAAUGAGUUUGCUUUCAAUGCAGAAUUUAAAGAUAAGAACUUUGCAAUUGACAUUAUUGAGAGCACUCAUGACUAUUGGAGAGCAUUAGUGAUUAAGAAAACUGAUGGAAAAGGAAUCAGCUGUGUGAACACCACGGUGUCUGAGAGCCCCUUCCAGUGUGAUCCUGAUGCUGCCAAAGCCACUGUGGAUGCUUUACCACCACCAUGUGAAUCUGCCUGCACAAAACCAACAGAUGUGGAUGACUGGUUCCAUCACCAGAAAAACUAA